AUGCCAGUGUUAACUUUUGUGAGCGAUGUGUUCUGCGAGUACGGCGUGGAGCUCCCGAUCGUUCACGAGUCGUUGGAUACAGCGCGGCGUGAGGCGCAGCGCCGAGGGUUGUACCUCCUUGUCUACGUCCACUCCCCGACGCACGAGGACACCCCCGCGUUUCUGACGAGCGUGAUGUCGAGUCCGAAGCUGCGAGAGCUGGUGGGAACCCGCCUUGUGUUCUUUGGGGCUUCCGUGCUAGAGUUGGAGGGCCGCCGGCUGGAGGCGGAGCUGCAGGUGACGACGUUUCCCUUUCUGGCCCUCAUGCUGAAGCGCACCACCGUGCUGAAGCUGAAGGGCCUCCUCUCCGCCGAGGCGGUAGUGCAAAACCUCCAGAUGGCUUUCGACCACUGGGACGGGCGGCUGGCGGAAGAGGUCCACUUGCGCCGGGAGCGGGAGGAGAAGGAGCGGGCCCGCCGUGAGGAAGAGCUGCAGGCCAAUGAGAUGCAGGCGGUGGACCGUGAGCGCAUCCGGCAGUACGAAGAACAGAUGCGCAAGCAGCGUGAGCGAGAGGGGUGGCUGCGGCGCGAGCGGGAGGAGGCGGAGCGGCAACAGCGCGAGGCGGAGGAAGCGAGACGGCAGCGGCAGGAGGAGGAGGCGGAGUGCCGCGCUCGGGCGGAGGCGCUGCGGGCGGCCGCAUCCGCACGGCUGCCAAAGGAGCCCCCCAUCGAUGCGGAUCCCUCGAGCGUCGCGCUUAUUAGCCUUAAAUCUCUUUGCGGGACGCAGCACCACCGCCGCUUCUACCGCACCGAGAAGCUCCGUCACCUGCGCGACUACGCAAUGUCGCUGGAAGACUACAAAGGUGGGGAGUUUCGGUUGAUUGCUGGUUACCCGCCGCGCCCGCUGGAGUUUGAUGACGACAAAACGGUUGGCGACGUGCCGGCUCUUCUUCCUCGUGCCGUCGUGCUGAUGCGUGGGGAGUAG